GAAUGACGACGACUAGAUUAUUGGUUAAAAAGUUGGUAUAAAGUUGUACAUUUCAGCCCUGUUUUCAACAAGACUCAAGAAGUACUUUUUUUAUGGCGCACAUUUGUAGUUCGUUUUUACAAAAAAAAAUCCACUUUUGUCAGUUAGAAGUCCGAGGUAUAGAAGGCUUGCUGAAAUAGCACGAAGAUAAUGACACCCGACAAUCCUGCUCAGUCAUGCAGCAUUCAACUUGUUUUAAACUUGAAACCGCAACAUGAUGAUGCGCGUGCGAGAGAGAGAGGAAAGAGAGAGAGCAUUGAGUGCGCGCACGCGGAGAACCAGCACUCUCUCAGCAGCAGAACUAGCGCGCGCGCUCGCUCGGUAGGUCGGUCGGUCGGUUGUCAAGAGCGCACGGACCGGACUGAUCAGGAGGAGGCAGCAGGUUGGAGAUGUCGUGGUGUGAAGGUUCGGGAGGCAAGAUGACGUGGGUGAAGUUGCUUCUUUCCUUAGUGCUUCUACACGCAGUUUCUGAAGCCUCCGCUAAUCAGCCACCUCGUUUCCAGAAUUACUUCUUCCAGUCGUACCUGCUCGUCUAUGAGGACACACCAGUGGGUACCUCAAUUACCCAGCUGCAGGCAGUGGAUCCGGAUGGCGAGCCGCUGAUUUUCGGUGUGGUCGGGGAAGAGGCCAUGCGCUACUUUGCUGUGCAGGGAACGACUGGAGUGGUGUGGCUGAGGCAGCCGCUCGACAGAGAGGCCAAGUCAGAGAUGCAGGUGGAGUUCACUGUGAGCGACAGUCAAGGGGUUGUCAAGGAUACAGUGAACAUUCAGAUCGGGGACGUAAAUGACAAUGCUCCAUCAUUUUACAACCAACCCUAUGCCAUUCAGAUACCAGAGAACACUCCAGUUGGGACGUCAGUGUUCAUGGUGAAUGCGACAGACCCAGAUCAAGGAGUCGGAGGCAGCGUCUUGUUCUCCUUCCAGCCUCCCUCUCAGUUCUUCUCUAUUGACGGAGCCAGAGGAAUCGUCACUGUGACCAGAGCGCUGGACUAUGAGACAACUAUUGCAUAUCAGCUCACCGUUAAUGCCACGGACCAGGAUAAACGGCGUCCUCUCUCUAGUCUGGCUAAUUUGGCGAUUACCAUCACUGAUAUUCAAGACAUGGACCCCAUCUUCACCAACCUCCCCUACAGCACUAAUAUAAUGGAGGAUGCACCACCCGGUUAUGAAGUCCGUAAGAUCAGAGCGAUUGAUCAGGACUUGGGUCGACCACGUGGAAUUGGAUAUACAAUCAUAUCAGGUAACACCAACAGCAUGUUUGCUCUUGAUUACAUCAGCGGAUCCCUGACAGUGAGUGGACAGCUGGACCGGGAAAACCCACUGUACUCAUCUGGAUUCAUCAUCACAGUGAAGGCUACAGAGCUGAAUGAUGACCGCACACCCUCUUCUGCCACCGUCACCACCACCUUCACCAUCCUGCUGAUCGAUAAAAACGACAAUCCACCCAGAUUCAAUAGCUCAGAGUAUCGUGUCCUCAUCACCGAGCUGGCACAGGUCGGCUUCGCUCUGCCUCUGUACAUACAGGUGGAAGACAAAGACGAGGGGGUGAACAGCAUGUUUCAGGUGUUCCUGACGGGGAAUAACUCGGAUCACUUCAGCAUUUCUCCCACCUCAGUGCAGGGCAGAGCUGACCUCCGCCUGCGUGUGGCCAUCCCGCUGGACUACGAGACCAUCCGCAGCUACAGCUUCUCUGAUGCCGAUGAGUGUAUAGGAUUUGCUAGAGUGAUCAAAGUUCCUGAAAGCGCCACGGAUAAUGACAUUGGCACGUUUGGAGUGGUUCGGUAUUACUUCAGCGAUGAGCCAGACCAGUUCUCAUUGGAUGCUGAGACGGGUUGGGUGACUCUGAGAGGUCGGCUGGAUUAUGAGCUCAUGCGGCGCUUCACUCUGACCAUACUGGCCCGGGAUGGAGGAGGAGAGGAGACCACAGGACGCCUCCGCAUUAAUGUGAUGGAUGUAAACGACAAUGCUCCGGUCUUCCAGAAGGAGGCGUACACAGGCUCACUCAUGGAGAACGAACAGGCUCCGCAGCAGGUCAUCCGAGCCCGGGCGACAGAUGAGGACUCUCCUCCUAAUAACAUCCUGACCUACUCCAUCAUCUACGCCUCUCAGUUCAGGUCAUUCUUCAGCAUCAGCAUUGCGGAGGGCUACGCAGUCAUCACCGUGACUCGUCCUCUGGAUUAUGAGCAGGUUCCUGGUGGAUUGAUCUUUCUGACUUUGAUGGCUAAAGAUGGAGGAAAUCCAUCUCUCAACAGCACCGUUCCAGUCAUCAUCGAGCUGAUUGAUCAGAACGACAACCCACCCGAGUUCAGCCUCCCGUCUUAUAUCGUCAACAUACCAGAGAAUAUUGUUGCAGGUGCGACGGUGCUGUUUGUGAACGCCACAGAUUUGGACGCCUCUCGAGAGUUCGGUCAGACCUCGCUCAUCUACUCCCUGCAGGGCAGCUCACAGUUCAGACUCAACACACGCUCAGGAGAGAUUACCACCACAGCUCUUCUGGAUCGAGAGAUGAAGUCUGAGUAUAUUCUGAUUGUAAGGGCUGUUGAUGGAGGAGUGGGUCCACAGCAGAAGACUGGCAUUGCUACGGUGAACAUCACUGUCCUGGACAUAAACGAUAACGCCCCGGUGUGGCGGGAUGAGCCGUAUCAAGCAAACGUUGUGGAGAUGAGUCCCAUCGAUACUGACGUCAUCACUGUGUUUGCUGUGGACCCUGAUUAUGGUGAUAAUGGGACGGUGGUUUAUUCUAUAAAUCCAGAAAACCCCUUUUACACCAUCAACCGCAACACCGGAAAGAUCCGCACCAGCGGGGCCGUGCUGGACAGAGAAAGCCAAGACGCUCGCUCCGCUCAGCUUAUGAGGACCAUCAUUAUCUCCGCCACUGACCGCGGGACUCCUCCACUGCGCUCUUCUGCCAGCGCUACAGUGUUUGUGAACCUCCUUGACCUGAAUGAUAACGACCCAGCCUUUCUCAACCUCCCGUUUGUCGCUGAGGUGCCUGAGGGACUUCCUAUUGGAUCGUCUGUGUUCAGGGUGCAAGUCCAGGACCCCGACGAAGCAGCCAAUGGUGCUGUAACAAUGGCCCUUCAGAUGGGGAUGCCGAGGCUGGACUUCAGGCUUAACAUCACCACAGGAAUUCUGGUGUCCACCGUAGUGCUGGACCGGGAGCAGAUCGGCCAGUAUUAUCUGAGGAUUAUUGCAUAUGACGCAGGCCAGUUUCCCCGCACGUCCACAAGCACUCUCACUAUCACAGUUUUGGACGUGAAUGAUGAGACGCCCACUUUCUUCCCCAGUGUUUAUAACGUGUCUCUGGAGGAGAGCGUACCCCGUGAUUAUCUGGUGGUCAGACUCAACUGCACGGAUAAUGACGCGGGUCUAAAUGCAGAGCUCAGCUAUUUUAUCACAGCAGGGAACCAGGAUGGAAAGUUCAGUGUUGGCUUCCGCACUGGUGUGGUGCGAACCGUGGUGGGCCUGGACCGCGAGACUCAGGCCUCGUACAGGCUAGUGAUCGAAGCCAUCGAUAACGGUCCAGCGGGCGGCCGGAGGACAGGCACAGCUACAGUCUAUGUGGAGGUGCUGGAUGUCAAUGAUAACAGGCCUAUAUUUCUCCAGAACAGCUAUGAGACCAGCGUCCUGGAGAACAUUCCCAGAGGAACUAGUAUAUUACAGGUCCAGGCCACAGAUGCAGAUCAGGGCGAGAAUGGAAAAGUUCUGUAUCGAAUUCUCUCUGGCAACAAUGGUCAGUUUAGCAUGGACAGUCUGUCUGGACUCAUCAGCAGAGGAAGCGUGGCUCUGGACAGAGAGACGCGCAGCUCUAAUGUGCUGGAGGUGGAGGCAUAUAACAGUGACCUGGGCAGCAUGCGCAGCACUGUCAGGGUGAUUGUGUAUGUGGAGGAUGUGAAUGACGAGUUUCCAGUCUUCACUCAGUCGCAGUACAACCGUCUGGGGCUUCGAGAGACUGCUGGGAUCGGCACAUCUGUGGUAGUGGUCCGAGCUACAGACCCCGACACUGGGGAUGGGGGCGCUGUGGCCUAUUCUCUGGUCUCUGGCUCUGAUCGUAAAUUUGAGGUGGACGUGAGUACUGGUCUGCUAACCACGGUGGACUAUUUGGACUACGAGACCAAGACGAGUUAUUUAAUGAACGUCUCAGCCACAGAUCAGUCACCGCCAUUCCACCGCAGCUACUGCACCGUGUACGUCACGUUACUCAAUGAACUGGACGAAGCGGUGGCCUUUCUUUCAGCUGGAUAUGAAGUUUCACUGAGAGAGAACAUCGCUACAGGAACAGAGGUGGUGCAGGUGAAGGCGCAAUCCGCUGAUAACCUGAACCAGCUGUCGUACCGAUUUGACCCCGACACCUCGCCUGCUGCCCUCGCGCUCUUUAAGAUUGACAGUGUCACGGGUCGUAUCACUGUGACGGGACUGUUGGACAGAGAGCGGGGCGAUUCAUACACACUCACUGUUGUGGCUGAUGAUGGAGGACCAAAAAGAGGCUCCACUGUGAAGGUGUCAAUCACCAUUCUAGAUGAAAACGACAACAGCCCAGAAUUUGACAUCACUUCAGACCUGUCUGUGAAUAUUCCAGAAGACACAGCCAUUGGGAAGAGAGUCGCGGUCGUUUUGGCGCGAGACAAAGACGCUGGACGAAAUGGACUGGUAAACUUCACCUUAAUCGCGGGGAACAUGCAGGACGUGUUUAAGAUCAACACAGUCAAUAAUACGUAUGGAGAGGUUUACUUGAACGCCCCUCUGGACCGUGAAUCUGUGGACCGCUACCUGCUUAAAGUGCGGGCGAUGGAUAAUGGUUCUCCUCCGAGGUACACCGAUGUUUCGCUGACGGUGAAUAUUGUAGAUGUGAACGAUAACCCUCCCGUACUGCAGAGUCCUCGAGGGUACAACGUCAGCGUCAGUGAGAAUGUGGGUGGUGGAACAUCAGUCCUGCGCGUCGUAGCAACAGAUCGGGACAUUGGAGCUAAUGCCAUGCUCUCAUACUACAUCACUGCUGGAAACCAGGACCUGACCUUCAGAAUGGACCGCAUGACAGGAGAGAUAGUGACCCGACCGUCACCUCCAGACAGAGAAAAACAGCAGCAGUACACACUCACUGUCACGGUGGAAGAUGACGGCACUCCGACCUUAUCAACAUCCACCACCGUUUGGGUGCGUAUAAUUGAUGAAAACGACAACGCACCGGAGUUUCCAGAGGAAGAGUACGUGACGGAGCUCAGAGAGGGACCAAACACUGUAGGAGCCAUCAUCGCCACAGUCACCGCCAUUGACCCGGACGAAGGACUCAAUGGAACCAUCCGUUAUGCCAUCUCUAAGGGCAACCUGGCACAGACCUUUCAGAUCAAUAGCGUAACGGGUCAGAUCGUGGUGGUUAGUGCGCUGGAUUACGAGAUCAGCAAUGGUCACUAUGUGCUGACGGUCACAGCCACAGAUCAGUGUCCGAUACCCCUGCUCAGACUGACCUCCAGCACCACAGUCCUGGUGAAUGUGAUAGAUGUCAACGAUAACCCACCCAUCUUCCCGAGGCCAUUUGAGGGACCGUUUGAGAUCACAGAGGGUCAGCCGGGCCCUCGUGUCUGGACCGUCAAAGCCACAGAUGCUGAUUCGGGAUCCAAUGGAAAAGUGGAGUACAGCAUCACCGCAGGGGACCUGAAAAAUGAGUUUGUAAUCUCCUCAGUUGAGGGAGAGUUAAGAGUGAGGAAAGACAUUGAGCUUGACAGAGAAACAAUUGCCUAUUACAACAUCACUAUUACCGCCAAAGAUUUGGGAACGCCUUCGCUCAAUGCUACGGUGGUAGUGGGGAUUCUAGUGUUGGACAUUAAUGAUAAUGACCCCAUCCUGCUUAACCUCCCGGCUAACACUAGUGUGAGUGAAGGCGCUGCGGUCCAAACCUUCAUCAUACAAGUACGAGCACAAGACUCAGACAGUGGCCGCAAUGCUCUCCUCACAUACAGCAUCACUGCCGGGAACAGUGACGGAGCAUUUUACAUUAAUGAGACGUCAGGUGUGGUUCAGGUGAACAGGCCGCUGGACAGAGAGAGAGUUGCUGAAUACAGCCUCACCAUCACUGUCAAAGACAACCCAGACAACCCUCGCAUCGCACGCAGAGACUCAGAGUUGUUGACUGUAACUUUGCUGGAUGUGAAUGACAACAGGCCUAUUUUCAGCCAGUCCAGCUAUAGGGGCGAGAUCAGUGAAAACUCACCUACAGGCACUACAGUGCUGAUUCUGAACGGCCCCGUGUUAGCAGAGGACAAAGACAUUGGUGUGAAUGCAGUGGUGAGCUACGGUCUGCUGGGAACCAGAGUGGACAUCUUUUCCAUUGACUCCCGCACAGGCGUGGUAUCGGUGCGUGGGGGUGCUGUCCUGGACCGGGAGGCUUUCUCUGUCCCGCGGGUGGAGCUGUUUCUGGUCUCGGUGGAUGUGGGAGGUUUAAACAGCAGCGUUCCACUCACAAUCACCAUCCUCGAUGUAAACGACAACCCACCCGUCUUCAACCCAUCCAGUUUCACUGUACGCCUGCCUGAGAACAGCCCCACAGGUGUAGUAGUAACCCAGCUCUCUGCCACUGAUGCUGACGCUGGUUCUAACGGUUGGCUGCAGUAUCGGUUAGACAGCGGUGCUCAGGAUCGUUUUAUUGUCGAUGCUCUCUCUGGUGCUGUUCUGGUGGGCAAUGCUACACUGGACAGAGAGGAACGAAGCUCAUACCGUCUGGUUGUAAUAGCGACUGAUCGAGGCACACCUUCACUCUCAGGGACCGCAACAUUAACUGUGGUUCUGGACGAUGUCAACGACUCGCGUCCUCGUUUCAUACAGCCCGUCCAGACCAUCAGUGUCAAUGAGUCCACUCCACCUGGUGUAGUCGUGGCUACGCUAGCCGCAGAGGAUCCUGAUUUAAAACCUCGUCUGGAGUAUUACAUCAUCUCUGUGGAAGCAAAGGAUGAUGGGAAUAAUGCAGUGGAUGGUCUACAGCAGUCGUUUGGGAUUGACUUUCACACAGGUGCUGUGUUUGUACGAAACCCCUUGAACCGAGAGCUGGUCGCCACUUUUGAGAUAAUAGUUUCAGUGCAUGACAACGCCAGUGAUGUUAUUGAAAUGUCGGUCAGUGUACCGAAUGCCAAACUGACCAUAAAUGUGCUGGAUGUGAAUGACAAUGCUCCUCGUUUCCGUCCUUUCGGUGUGGCGAACUUUUCCGAGAGCAUUCUAGAGGGUGCUGUGCCUGGUACCACACUGCUGUCAGUCACAGCUGUGGAUCCUGAUAAAGGACCCAACGGACAGAUCAUCUACCAGCUCCUAAACCUGCCUCGUGGAAACUACAUCAGACUUGAAGACCCAUCUACAGGUAAAAUUGUGGCCAAUCGGACGGUGGAUUUUGAGCAAGUGCAGUGGUUGAACUUCACGGUUCGUGCUCAGGAUCAUGGCUCGCCUCCUCGCUUCACUGAGCUUCCUGUCUAUCUACGCAUCAUUGAUGUUAAUGACAACAACCCAGUUUUUCAGCAGCCGUUAUAUCAAAAGUCAAUAUUUGAGGAUGUUGCACUCGGCACUAUUAUAGUGAGCGUGAGAGCGACAGAUGCAGACUCCGGCCUGUUCUCUGUCAUUGAAUACGGGCUAGUAGAUGGCGAGGGCAAAUUUGGGAUCACUCCCACUACGGGUGACAUCUACAUCUUAUCCGCUCUGGACAGAGAAACCAAAGACCGCUACACUCUCACAGCCUACGCCAGGGACAAUCCCGGCGGCAGCCCCAAUAACCGCAGAGAAAACUCUGUUCAGGUGCAAUUGACAGUGCUGGAUGUCAAUGAUUUCCGUCCACGUUUCUCAGAGAGAGUCUUCACCACUAGUGUGUUUGAGAACGAGCCGGUUGGCACAUCAGUGAUCACUAUGAAGGCCACUGACCUCGAUGAAGGGGAGAAUGCAUUACUCACUUACAGUCUACAGGGCCCUGGAGCGGACGCGUUCUCUCUGGAUCCUGACACUGGGCUGAUUCGCUCUCUGCGGUUACUGCAGAGUUUCGAGAGGUUCAAUCUGACGGUGGUGGCGACUGAUCAAGGCAGACCUCCUCUCUGGGGGACCGCCAGUCUUCAAAUCACUGUCAUAGACGUCAACGACAACAGACCGAUCUUUGUGCGCCCGGCCAAUGGCACCAUUAUGCACAUACUAGAGGAACAGCCUCCUGGACUGGUAGUCUAUGAAGUGUUUGCCACAGAUGAGGAUGAAGGGGUGAACGGAGAGGUUCGCUACAGUUUCCUGCAGACCGGAGCUGGAAACAGAGACUGGGAGAACUUCCAUAUUGACGCUGUGACAGGAGUGAUCACUACUGCGGUUAAGCUGGACAGAGAGAAACAAGCCCUGUACAGCCUGGUUGUGGUGGCGUAUGACCUAGGGCAGCCUGUCCCUUAUGAGACCAUGCAGCCACUGCAGGUGGCUCUGUCUGACAUUGAUGACAAUGAACCUGUCUUCCUUAAACCUCCGAGAGGAAGUUUGCCGUAUCAGUCUCUGUCUGUACCGGAGCACUCUUCUCCUGGAACUGUUGUGGGUAAUGUGACUGGAGCAGUGGAUGCAGACGAAGGCUCUAAUGCCAUCGUCUACUACUUCAUCGCAGGAGGUGACACCGGUGGAAACUUUGCUUUGAGUGUUAGUGGUGUUUUACGGGUCAAGAAAGAUCUGGAUCGGGAAGAAAUCCCAGUGUACUCCAUCAUCGUUAAAGCCUCAAGUAACCGCAACUGGACUCCUCCGAAAGGUCAGAGGUCACAGCGGGCUCAGGUGCUUGACCCCAGCCGUGACCCCACAUUACAGGAGGUGAGAAUCUUCCUGGAGGACAUCAAUGACCAGUCACCAAGAUUCACGAAGCUGGAGUACACCACAGGUGUUGCUGCAGAUGCUAAAGUGGGAUCGGAUCUGAUCCGGGUUCAGGCCAUUGACAAUGACAUUGGCAACAACAGUCUGGUUCUCUAUCACAUUCUGUCCAUCCGCUACAUCAAACUGCACUCCAAUGACUCUGAAGAAAUGGGAAACGUCUUCAUCAUCGGUGAGACUGACGGAAUCAUCUGCACGUUUGACCUCUUUAUGGCUUACGCUCCGGGUUAUUUUAUCGUGGAGGUUUUGGCAAGAGAUCUGGCCGGACACAGCGACGUAGCUCUGGUGAGCAUUUACAUUCUGAGAGACGACCAGCGGGUGAAAAUCGUCAUCAAUGAGAUCCCAGAGCGAGUCCGGCUCUUUCAGGAGGAGUUCAUAAACCUGCUGUCCAACAUCACAGGAGCCAUAGUCAACACUGAUGAUGUGCAGUUCCAUGUGGAUAAAAAAGGAAGAGUGAACUUCGCUCAGACUGAUGUGCUGAUUCAUGUGGUCAACAAGCAGACCAACCGUAUUCUGGAUGUGGAGAAAGUGAUUCAGAUGAUCGACGAGAACAAGGAGCAGUUGAGGAAUCUUUUUCGAAACUACAACAUUCUUGAUGUCCAGCCUGCUGUAACUGCACGCGCACCGGAUGACCUCACCACAUUACAGAUGGCCAUCAUCAUUCUGGCAGUUUUACUCUUUCUUGCUGCCAUGUUGUUUAUCCUGAUGAACUGGUAUUACCGCACAGUGCAUAAAAGGAAGCUGAAGGCAGUAGUUGCAGGCUCCACAGGAAAUCAGGGCUUGAUGGAUAUUCUGGAUAUGCCCAACACUAACAAGUACACGUUUGAAGGAGCAAAUCCAGUGUGGCUGGACCCUUUCUGCAGGAAUCUGGAGUUAGCAGCCCAGGCGGAGCACGAGGACGACCUUCCUGAAGACCUGAGUGACAUUGCAGACCUCUGGAACAGCCCAGCUCGAACACAUGGUACAUUUGGACGGGAGCCUCAGGCCACUAAACCAGAGGAUGACCGAUAUCUACGAGCUGCUAUUCAGGAGUAUGACAACAUUGCCAAACUAGGGCAAAUCAUGAGAGAAGGGCCCAUUAAGGGCUCGCUGCUCAAUGUGGUUUUGGAUGACUACCUGAGACUCAAAAAGCUGUUUGCCGCUCGCCUGGUCACCAAGUCAACCAGCCAGGGUGACCGCUCAUCAGUCACAGAGCUGAUUCAGAGUGACCUGGAUGAGGAUGAUGAAGAGCGCAUCGGCGGUCGGGGAACCCUUCGCUUCAAGCACAAGCUCCCGAUCGAGCUCAGGGGUCCUGAUGGGGUACACGCGGUGCACGGCAGCACGGGCACACUGUUAACCUCUGACCUCAACAGCCUGCCCGAAGAUGACCAGCGGGCUCUGGCUCGUUCCCUCGAAGCCUUGCAUGCAGACGGCGGCCUGUACGCCGAACGCAACGCCCGAACAGAGUCCGCCAAAUCAACACCGUUACACAGAAACAAAGGCAGCGACACCCUGUCUGAAAGUCCGUUAGAGAUCACAGAGUUAUGACUAGCCGAGGCCUCGCUGGUCUGAGAACACUACAGCGUGCACGUCACUCCUGGCUCUCGCUUUUUCAAUCCUAAACUCUUUCCUGGUUCAGGUUUGUGAGCGCCAGGCUGUGAGGAAAGUGUGUAGGUGUGUGUGUGUGGACUCUGAAUGCCUCAAAUCAAGGGCAGCUCAACAUGUCAGGGCUAUUUCAUGAGACUUUAACCACACACACUCAAUCUACACAGAGGAACCAAUGCACUCUCAGACCAGUGGAAGGCCGAAUAUGGACUCUAGUUUUUUGUUUUUGUUUUAGUUUAGUCAUAUUUGAAUUGGGCACAAGAAAUGAAUGUGAUGUGUGUCUGUGUGUUUGAACGGCGUUUGAGAGCAUAUCUCUAGGGCUUUUCACACUUGUACAUUGGAGGAAUUAUGGAACAGGGUUUGGCGCUGUAUAUUGCAGUGCUGGAGAUAUAUAGUGUGAAUCAAUGCAGAACUAGAAGGUGUGCAGUUCAACAACCAAACAAACCUAAAUUAAAUCAUUCGGAUAUUCA